AUGAUACAAGACACGUGGGCGGGCCUGCUCUGCACAGUCGGCACGAAGCUCAACGAUUCGAAAAGGCUCCCUGAAGAUAAGGUGUGCAAUUACCUAUUCUACGAUUCCGUAUACAAAAAAGGUGCCACGCCGUUCGACCCCACGAACCUGGAUCCAGCCUUGAGCACCUUCUUGAACGGUGGCAAGGAAUUGCCCUCUACCACAUUAGGAAUUGGAUUCGCGUACAAAAGUUACAUUUCUAGUUCCUCGGGCACUGUUAAUUGUAGCUCCUUUCCCCCUUUUUUGCUUGUGACGCUCAUUUCACUUGCCCUGUGCCGGGCACGGGCACUGGCUUACUGCAUUCGUGUCGGUCAGCUACCGCUGGACGUUCAGGCUGCGUUCGGGACCCUGGCUCCAUCCGUCGGUCACGGAAGGCGGGUCUGCAGGAUUCUGCGUUCUGAAACCCUGCGACAAGCUCGAAUACUUCGGGACUUUCUGUACGUUCAAGUGGACCGCGGUCCUGGUGACAGGUCUGCAAGGGUGAAAAAACGGCACGAAUGGACGAAGCUGAUCGACCAUGCUGUAGAGAGCAGAUGGAAACAAGAGCUGCUUCUACUUCGGCGCCAAAAACGGCGUCCCCAAGUGCGCUCUGCAGGACAGCUCCACGUUGAAGAGGGAAUUAGCCUUCCAGACUACGUCAGGACAACGCUAUCCCUGGGACCAAAGUUCGCCGUGGAAAAGAAAAACUCACCUGCGGAACUGCUUUCGUUAGUGCGGAACGUUUCAAGGGCUGCCCCGGACAGUGAAUCUGAGAGGUGUGUUUCAGAAGGUGUUGAUGUCCUCUACCGAUAUGCGCCUCGAGGAAAGACCAUUCCAGUGAGGAAAGUCGUCUCCUACCUAAAGAGCAACAAACUAUGUCUGCUGCCUUCGGACAAAGAAGGUGGGUUUUGUGUCGUAAGAAACCGGACCUUCAUGAGUAAAGGCCACGCGGCUAUUGACUCUGUGUUUAACCUUUGCCCGCAAGUUAAUCUGAAGGAUGCGAAGCGAAAAGCGUGCAACAUGCUUGAUAAGCUUAAUCUAUGUAGCCUCGUGAGAUCAGUUAACAAACAAGAAAGACUGGCGCUUAAUUUGUUUUUUUCUGCAAAGACGCAUAAGAUUGAUAUGCCCUUUCGUGUUAUAAUCUCUGAACGGGACACAUGGCAGAAGUGUGUUGCCUCUUGGCUUCAGAGGUACCUAAAACUGUUGCCGAUUAAUGAUCCUUUUCUAGUGAACAAUUCUUCGCAGAUUGUUGGCUUCCUCCGUCAACACGUGUCCACUCGUCGAGUGGGUGUUUCCAUCGACAUAAAGGAUCUCUACUAUUCUCUGCCUCAAAAACCACUUGUUGAUGUCAUUGAAAAAGCAAUUUCUGAUUUUGGCGCUGUUGCCUUUCAAAACGAGUGUGGUAUUUCUGUUUCUGGCUUCCUGGAUGUGCUGAAGCUUUACCUUGCCUCCACCUUUGCGGAGUGGAAUGGUGAAGUUUUUCUGCAAAACACAGGCGUGUGCAUUGGCUCAUGCAUCGCCCCAGUGUUGAGCGAUUUAUAUCUCGCUCAUUUGGAUAGAAAGAUUCAUCAACGGUUGGCACAAAUGAAUGUCAGUAAGUGCUUCCGGUUUGUCGAUGAUUUCUUAAUUUUGUUUGAUUGCGAUCUUGAUGUCCUUAGUGAGUGCUUUCAGCAAGUCUUGCAAGUGUUCCAGGAAUGCCUUGAACCACUGUCUCUCACGUAUGAGUUGCCGGAAAAUGGUUCCCUGAGGUUUUUAGAGUUAAUACUAACUUUUUCAGCUGGGCACGUGUGUUGGACGUAUGAGCCACGGGGGAAAAAACCCCUUUUACCGUACGCGUCUUCUCACAGCAAACUGGUGAAGCGUGGAAUUGUAAAGGCAUGUUUAUAUAACGCUUUAACAAAAUCUUGCUUCCACUCAGUCCAGCGAAGUUUCGACAGGCAGAUUCUCCGUCUAGAGGCAGCGGGCUAUCCCGGUUCGUUGCUAGUUUCUGUGUGUGAGAAGCUGCGCAGACAAUCAAGGGCCGGUAACGAUGGGGACGUUUUACAAGAAGCAACUCCCAAGAGGGUGGCGGUGAUACCGUAUCUACAUGGUAUCUCGCAUAAACUCAAGAAAAUAGGCCAGAGAGCGGGCGUGUCAGUGGUUUUUUCCGCACCGAAUAAAUUGUCAAAAUUAUCUGUCCAAAUCUUGCUCAGUCACUACGUGGAAGGUGACAACACCUUCGAGGACUGCCACGUCGUGCCGCCAACGAUAUUGUCUAGGCCUGUAACGCUCUCUACCAACAGCAGUUACAAGCAUGACAUGCAUAGAGCGGCAGACGAAAUACGGAAGCUCACCAAACUAGGCCUGGUCGCAUCAUGGGCGUUGUCGGUCACCAUGAAAGGCCGAUGGACUGUGCUCAAAGCAGGAGAACCAGCCGACUUCCUGUCCAAAUGUGCGCAUGACCCGGAGGCUGACUCUUUCGGAUCCUACGCAGAAGUAUGCGAAAACCCAGAGUUCAGCAGUGACAUCAAAUAUAUGACGGGAAUCCGUGGCUCAGCGUUUCACCGCCAAUCGGACGGAAAGAUGUUUUCUUACGACAACUCUUCUACACUGGUCGGAAAGCUAUGCAGGGUCCGGGUGUCGCAGUUGAGCUUCGCCUUCGGCAUCGUGGCGUUCGACGUAGACUACGAUGACGUCGGUAACGUGUGCAGCAAGUUGAACCGUUACGGCGCUUUCACGAGGCUUUUCUACUUGCAAGAUUUGCUGGUGUACUUCGAGAACAUAUUCGACGUCUCGGGAGAACUGGAGGACUGCCUUAAAUUGGCCGGAUAA